AUGGCAGAACAUACCCCAAGACUUGCCAUCAUCGGCUGCGGCUUCAUGGGCUCCGCAAUCCUCCAAGGACUAUUACAACAUGACGCGACUGAUGAACCCUCCAACAAACUCCAAUACACCGCUCACGUUCAUUCCUCAGCCUCAAUGGAGCUCUUAAAGCAAACCUUCUCAGCCCACUCCAGCGCCAUAACCUUCACUCACGGCGAUUCUCAACUCACAGAAGCCGUAUCAUCCGCCGAUAUAGUCCUGCUAGGUUUCGUUCCCGGAGACCUCGACACCGUGCUCAGCACAGAUAACUUCGCCUCUCACUUACGCGGCAAGAUUAUCAUCAGCAUGCUCGCCGGCAUAUCAACCUCUCAACUUCUUGCAAAACUAGUAUCCGCCACUCCAGGCAGUCGUCAAGACCAAUUCGACAUCGCGAGGACUAUUCCGACUCUUGGAGCCAAAAUCGGGGAGAGCGUGACUCUGAUAGCGGAAACUCCUACCCCUUCAGCAGCGAUUCCCACCGUCGCAGCCGUCUUCAAGCGUAUUGGUUCGGUGCAUCAUGUUCCUGAAAAAAGCAUGGACACCGCCACGGCAAUAAACGCAGCAGUACACGCUCUGGCGAUUGUAGCGGUAGACAGUGCCGUGGACGCUAGUGUGGCAGAUGGAAUGCCCCGCGCAGCAGCUCUAGCCCUAACAGCCCAAUGUCUCCAAAGUUGCAGCGCCUUGAUGACGACAAACAAAGGCGGCAUGACUCCCGAGUCCGUCAAGUCCGCAAUGUCCACCCCGGCAGGAAUCACACUCAAUUCAAUCGUACAUUUAGACGCUCAUGUACGACCGGGGAUUGCGAGUACCGUGCGGAAUGCUGUCAAGUAUACCAAGAGCAUGAAUGAUUGA